GCUCGGCAGCGCUGCGCUCCUGCGGGGCCCCGCGGAGCCGGGCGGGGAUGGCUCCGGGCUGCGCUGCCCGCUGACCAUGCACCUCUACAAACCGGCGUGUGCCGACAUCCCCCCGCCCAAGGGCCCGAGGGGCCGCAGGGUGGGCGAGGGGCCGCGGCCGCAUUGYCCCGCCGCCGGCUGGCCCGGGGCGAGCAGCCCGGCCCGGCAGAGGAAAGAGCUGGAGAGGUUCCUGCAGCUGCACGGGCUGUCCCUGCACGACACCACCCGAGCCCGCACGGGAAUGCGCUACAGAAACCUUGGGAAGUCUGGGCUGAGAGUGUCGUGCCUCGGGUUGGGGACGUGGGUGACUUUUGGAGGUCAGAUCUCAGACGAGGUGGCCGAGCAGCUGAUGACCAUCGCCUACGAGAGUGGUGUGAACCUGUUCGACACGGCCGAGGUGUACGCGGCUGGCAAGGCCGAGGUCAUCCUGGGCAAUAUCCUGAAGAAGAAGGGCUGGAGAAGGUCCAGCCUGGUGAUAACCACAAAGCUAUACUGGGGUGGCAAAGCUGAGACCGAGAGAGGCCUUUCCAGAAAACACAUCAUUGAAGGGCUGAAGGCGUCUCUGCAGAGGCUGCAGCUGGAAUACGUGGAUGUGGUGUUUGCCAACCGGCCGGACAACAACACCCCCAUGGAAGARAUCGUGCGGGCGAUGACACAUGUGAUCAACCAGGGCAUGGCCAUGUACUGGGGCACGUCCCGCUGGAGCGCCAUGGAGAUCAUGGAAGCCUACUCGGUGGCCAGGCAGUUUAACAUGAUCCCCCCUGUGUGUGAGCAGGCCGAGUACCAUCUCUUCCAGAGGGAGAAGGUGGAGGUGCAGCUGCCAGAGCUGUACCACAAAAUCGGGGUGGGAGCGAUGACGUGGUCUCCCCUGGCCUGUGGGAUCAUCUCAGGGAAAUACGGCAACGGGGUCCCUGAAAGCUCAAGGGCUUCACUCAAGUGCUACCAGUGGCUGAAGGAGAAGAUCAUCAGCGAGGAGGGCAGGAAGCAGCAGGGCAAGCUGAAGGACCUGUCCCCCAUCGCCGAGCGCCUGGGCUGCACGCUGCCGCAGCUCGCUGUCGCGUGGUGCCUGAGGAAUGAGGGGGUGAGCUCUGUCCUUCUGGGAUCCUCCAACCCCGAGCAGCUGAUUGAGAACCUCGGAGCCAUUCAGGUCCUUCCAAAGAUGACAUCCCAUAUUGUAAAUGAAAUAGAUAAUAUCCUAGGCAACAAGCCCUACAGCAAGAAGGACUACAGAUCCUAAUGCGCUGCAUGAAUUUCCUGGACUGCAUGGUUUAGAAGUGCUCUGUACUCCAGUACAGCCCCGAAUUACUCUCAUGAGAAUCAUUCAGCACUUGCUGCUCGGUGUCUCUACUGUCACUGGAUCCUUCGAGAUGUGUGCUCUUGCUACUACUCUGCAGUGAAUUUAAAAGCACAGUUGAUCUCUCUUCUAACCAAGAAUAACCUUGUAUUUUCUUACCUUCUUGACCGAGUUCAUUAAUUUUUACUUUACUCUUUGCACCUCAUGCUUGUGCUGUGAAAAACACUUGAAAAGCAAAAAAAAAAAAAAAAAAAUUUCUAACCUUCAGGUACUUGGUAAUUAAAGAAGGAUGUACAGUUCUAUUUUUUCAAUGAAGAAAAGCCAGAUACAACUUCAGGUUUUAAUAAAACCACAUUUGGGAAAUCUCAACUAUAAAGUUUCUUCAGGUUAACAGAUGGAAGGGGCAAGCUCAAACUUUGCUUUUUUAUGCUGAAUAUAAGCUUUAGGAUUUCUUUGUAGUUGGAUAAAGGCUGUAAGACAGAGAAAUAGGUAGAAAUUAGAUAGUUCAGCUCCUAAUUAUGCAGCUCUUGYGGCUGGGGAGUGCUCCUGGGCAGCGUUAGGAAGCCCAGACACGCAUGUCAGGUUACUGAACACAACAGCUCUGCAAAGUUCUACUUCUCCAUAAACCUUAAACCAAGAAAGCCAUGAUUAAAUAUUGGGUUUUGCAUCUAUAGAAACCUGCCUCUACUUCUGCCUGCUUGUAGACAGAGCUACUGCAAAUUUCAAUAUUCAGGAGCUUUUAAGGAUAUAGAUACUAUAAAUAUAUAUAAUAUAUAGCUGCUGAGAACUGCAGGAACAAUCAGGUACGGACUUCAAAAGGCUACAUCUGCUUUCACUCGGUUUGGAACUGGGGAUAAGUAARUGCAUAGACACAUUUCAGACAGGUUUUUGUGAGCAUUUACAGGAGUUGACAGGAAGAAUUUACAUCGUAAUUUGCCCAGCUCAAGAACCACGUUGUACCUUCCCGUGGAUUUGCUCUGUACCAUGCUCCUAUGAUUUCAGUCUGUAUUUCUCCCCUCCCUGCUGGGAUCCAGCUCUGUACAGUAUUUGUAGGACCCUUGUACUCUYCUCCCCCCCUGGAGUCUCACCUGGGCCAGGUGAGAGCUCCCAGCUCCCGAGUGCUCUCCUCCUGUAUUUGAAGCUGUGGUGUGUGUAAAUGACUCCUGCUGUACAUGGGAAAUGCAGUCUGACUGGAAAUCUGCUUGGACAAAAUAAAAGCAUUUUGUGCAUCUA